ACUGCGGAGCGCGCAGGACCUCGUGUGCGUGCUGGGGCCCUGUCUCGGCGCGGCGGACGGCAACGCACAGCACAAAUCGCUCGCAACAGCUGCACUACCGCAUGCAGUGAUCGACGCGCGCGCCUCCCUGUCUGCUUCUGCCGCGCGGGUGCCGUCGGAAGUGGAGCGAGCGAAGCGACGCCGCGCGGGGCCCGGAACGACGCAGCAACGAGAGCGCCUCGAGCAAGAAGUGUGACCGUGUGCCGCCCUCGUCGCUACCACCAUGUGCUUACUGUCGUGUGCGGUGACAUCGUGAAUACGCUGGGCAGCGGGUCGUUUUCGCCGCCGGAGCAAAACUCGCGCCGCUGCCUCCGUUGUUUGUGGUGCUUUUCCGACGAGAGGGCGAGAGGGGUGGGGGAGGAAACCGACAGAGGGGGCGCGAAAGGGUGGCAGUAGUGGAUGUGGUGUUGACUCGACGGUGCGAAAGUGGAUUUCGCCGGGGCAGCGAGAGCGUUCAUGGCUCAGCCACGGUACGAUGACGGCAUCCACCCGUACAUGGAGGCGGCUGGUGGCGCGUCCGCGGCGGCGGCGGCGGCGGCCGCGAUGUACGCAGACCCGCACCGCAGCGCGCAGCUGGGGCUGGCGCAGCACCACUCCCCGCACGUGGCGCACUCGAUGCACCAGUACCACGCGCACCAGCCACACCAGCCGCCCGCGGCCAACCACGUGGCGCCCGUCGCCAACCACGUCAUGGGCGCCGCCGUGCCCGACGUCCACAAGCGCGACAAGGACGCCAUCUACGGGCACCCCCUGUUCCCGCUGCUGGCGCUCAUCUUCGAGAAGUGCGAGCUGGCGACGUGCACCCCGCGGGAGCCCGGCGUCGCGGGAGGCGACGUUUGCUCCUCCGAGUCCUUCAACGAGGACAUCGCCGUCUUCUCCAAGCAGAUUCGGCAGGAGAAGCCGUACUACAUAGCGGAUCCCGAAGUCGAUUCACUCAUGGUACAGGCGAUCCAGGUUCUUCGGUUUCACCUGCUGGAACUGGAAAAGGUGCACGAGCUGUGCGACAACUUCUGCCACCGGUACAUCAGCUGCCUGAAGGGCAAGAUGCCCAUAGACCUGGUGAUCGACGAGCGGGAGUCGAGCAAGCCCCCCGAGCCCAUGGGCUCCACCAACGGCGACGGCGGCGCGCGCAGCACGGCUGACUCCACGUCGCACACGGACGGCGCCAGCACCCCCGACGUGAGGCCGCCCAGCUCGACGCUGUCGUACGGAGGCCCCGGGAACGACGACGUGCGGUCCCCGGGCUCGGGCGCGGGCGGCACGCCGGGCCCGCUGUCGCAGCAGCCGCCGUCGCAGCCGGGCGUCGACGCCGCAGACCCAGACGCUCUAGGCAAGUGGUGCCCGCGGCGCGAGUGGCCCAGCCCGGCCGACACCCGCGCCAGCGACGCGCGCCGCGGCGUCCUCUACUCGUCCGUCUUCCUCGGCAGCCCCGGAGAGUACAACGGUGACGCGAGCAACGCGAGUAUCGGCAGCGGAGAAGGCACGGGCGAGGAGGACGACGACACGAACGGCAAGAAGAACCAGAAGAAGCGCGGCAUCUUCCCCAAGGUGGCCACCAACAUCCUCAGGGCGUGGCUGUUCCAGCACCUGACGCAUCCGUACCCUUCGGAAGACCAGAAAAAGCAGCUGGCGCAGGAUACGGGGUUAACGAUCCUGCAAGUGAAUAACUGGUUCAUCAACGCGAGACGGAGGAUCGUGCAGCCGCUCAUAGACCAAUCAAACAGAGCGGGCGUGAGCGUGUUCUCGCCGCACGCAGGCCCCAGCGGCGCCUACAGCCCGGACGGCGCCUCCAUGGGCUACAUGAUGGACGGCCAGCAGAUGAUGCACCGGCCGCCGGGCGACCCCGCCUUCCACAACGAGUACCACUACCCGCCCCAGUACUACGGACACCUGUAGUGCUAGGCGCCGACACGCUCCCUCCUCGCACGGCCGCGCGCCCGCCACCACACACAGACGCGGUGCCCACGAGCUUAGCCGCAGGCCGCGCCGGCUCGCGGUCCGCUGGCCCGGCACCAAGGAGGCGGUGCUCACCACGACGUCGACGGCACCGCCGCUGCAGCCGCUCGACAAGAGGCGGGGAGAAGCGACGGCGCCUCUGCCGUGGACGCCGGUGCCACCGACGUCGACACCGCCGCCGACGCCGACGCCCCCGCCCCCGCGGGUGCCUGGCGGAGGCGCCGCCUCCGCACCGCCCGCUCCGCGACGCGAUCGCUCUUUGUACAAAUGUCGCAGAGAUUACGGGAAGACUUGUACAAAACACGAAGCAGAAAUUCGUAUACCAUUUACAAGAUUUCGUUGUUAGCACCGGACUGGACAUUUUGCGUUUUAAGUGUUUUCGCCUGUACUUUUUCAGUAUCGGCGCGGGAAGCGCCGAUGUUGGUUAAUACGUUUGUGGGAGAGUGCUGUGUUUCUUAUUUCAAGAAAUGUGAUGUGUGUAAAAUGAAAAGAAAAAGGUGGUGGAAGUGUGGCACGCGCCCGAGAGAAGUGAUCGCAUUCACUCGUCUACGGCUGCGGAAACGAGGAGAGACGAACAGACCUGCGCUGGUUGCAGCCCGCCACGCUUUCGCCGGAGAGACUCGCCGAGGUCUUCGCAGACAUCACAGACAGUGAAAUAACAAACACGACGAAGGAAACCAGAAAUUGCUCGAGGAGAUCGAAAGACGAGGAACGGACCCUGUAGAGAGAAUACAAUAGCAAUUACAAUAUUAUAUAUAAUGUAUCAUAAUGUUACUUGUGGAUAGACUGCGCGUUGUUUACGAGUUGAUGCGCCGCCCAGGAGCUAAGUUUGCCACCUGGGGGGAUCUCGUCAAAGUGAUGUAACGUUUAGCUUAGACACCCAUCCCCUCCCCUCCCCCCAACUUCCCUCCACCCCCCCCCCCUCCACCCACACCAACCGACCCGUCCCCACGCCCGUGCAGCCUCGUACGCCAGACCGUUCCGUUUCUUUGCAAACCAGUUGGAUAUCGUUUCACUUUUUGUAUAACCCCUCUCUCCUUCCUUCCAACCUUCCUUUCUUCCCGCCCUUCCGCUCUAGAGGCCUGUCCCUUUUUUCCGAUCUCGUCUUUACCAUAUGUUCGAGUAAGCAUGAAGUACUGUUGUGCAAAAAAAAUAAUAUUUCAAAAGGUUGUGCUGUUAUAAAGGAUAAAAAAAAGAAAACUUAAUUGUUAUAUCUGUUGUGACUUUUCUUUUUGUUCUGUUCGCUUUUACCGCUAACUCUCGUCUGCUCCCCGUCCGGAUCGCCGGUUUCUUCCCUUUAUAACUCCUUUUCCACUUCCCAGACACGUUUUUAAUGAACAAGAUAUACGUAAGUUACUGCAACUUAGAUAACUAUCGAAAUGUGUGGUCUUCUGCAUACAUUAUAGACUAAUAAUACUUAAUACACAGGUAUACAUGAAUAUUGAAACUCAGGUGCAUAGUUUUCUUCAAGUCUUAAUGCUGGGUGCUGCAGCAUUGGCAAUGGCUGUGGGUAAUGGAGAACUACGAUAAUCGAAUACUGAUGUAUACGGCUACUGACUAAAAUUGUAUUUCAGAAAUUGUCGACUACUUCUAUUACAUAAAAGUGGAAUGAUAAAGUUUUUAAAUUUUUUGAACUCAUACCAAAAAGUAUUUAAUAUAUGCACAAUAUAAUUUAUUGUAUUUGUAAAUACAGUGAAAUACUGGUUUAAUUUAGCGGUGUAUAUUUUCAGUAUAGUGAAUAAAAAAAAUGGAUCUCCUUGUAUACUGAAUAAGACAAUUUGCUGUGUUUUAUAAAGAGCUAAAUUUCAACGGAGUCUGUGAUCAAAGUUCUCCUACAGCCUCAGUGCUUACGUUACCACCAGCAGUGUAACACUACAAUUGGAACUGCUUGUGAGAACUUGUCUAAGAGUCACGACUGUGCUUUAGCGAAGCACUUUACCCCUGUGGCUUGACCUCACCACCAUAUCAAACACCGUGUGGAGGCUACUGCAGUAGUGUGCCUACUGUUUAGAUAAAUAUUUUCAUGUUUCAUCACUCUUGAAUAUACAUUUUCGUCCGUCAUGGAAAAGAAAAAAAGAUUACUCGAUAUCUUUGCUAAAAUAUAGCUCAGAAUGCAGGCAAUUUAAACGGUUAUACGAAUUGUAGUAGACACAAAAUCUGUUUCAGACAACUGGUGCGACAUUUUUGUCACGCAAACCUAGUUGGAUCACAUGUGUGGGAUGAAAAGAUUGAUUUAGGUGAAUCCUUUGCUUUUAUGAAUGAAACCCACAGUUUCACUUCUAGAUGCCAUGAGUAAAUAACGUGUAGUAUGAGGUCAGGCUACAGAUAUAAAUGAAUGUUCUACCUGCAGAUCUAGAAUUUAUUUUCUGCUUACAAAACUUUACUGCAGAAUUUUACUACAUUUCUUAUCACUGUCCAGUCAUUCUAUCUGUCCGUCUGGAAUUAUUUCGCAUGCAAAUACAACAGGGACCCAAACACAAUUCCUUGAUAUACUUAGACGUCCUUGUUAUACGAGUGAGCUACAGUGAGCGCAGAAACUCUGCAAAUCUGAUGUAUACCUCCACUAGUUUUUUGGACGUUGUUGUAAAUGAUUAUCAAUAUCUAUUUUUAAAUGUUUUUCUCGUUAUGCCAAAUGGGCAAACGAACCACAUCGAAGUUAUACUGAAUACACGGAAGUACAAGAAAUAUCACUGUGAGGUAAUCAGAGAAACACUAAGAAUGUACAGUAUACUGAUGGCUUGGGAAGCUGCGAGUUUUCAUUAUUUAGGGAGCAAACGUGGCGUUUUAAGUCUUGGAAAUUUUAAGUAUAUCAAGGGAUUUUUAUAUUAAAACAAUUUGUUGACAAGUAUACGAAGAAUGAUAUUGAGUCCUUGAUGUAUUGUCUUAAAAUAUGUCUCUCACGACAAACAUCUGUGUCUAUAUUUUGAGAAGAUGUCAUUGGAAUAAAAACCAUGUUUCGCCUUAUCCAAUGUAUACGGUAUUCAUCAGUUCAGUCAUGUAUAUAAAGUGCCAUCUUUUCACUGUAUAUUAUGGUGUGAGAGGUGAGGUAAUAUUGUGUGCUGCUUAAAACAACUAAAACAGGGCGACAAAAAAGAAAUACCUCUACAAUUUAAACUGAUAACAUGUCCUCUGUAAUCUUUUUUUUCUCAAGACGUCAGCAUUAAAUGCUACAUAUUGUGUAAAUGAUUUUUAUUCUGUGGUUUUAUUAAAUUGCCCUAUU